AUUGACUUCAAGAGAGAAAUAGAAAAAUAGUAGAAGAAUACUACAAGUACAGUAACAAGAUAAAAAAAAGUAGUAUUCUUCUGCAUCUGUAUCUAUUCUGUAAAACUAAUGUCUACAUUCGAAUCCAAUUCCGAUGGCGUUUCUCAGCGAGUCAACAGUCCGCGUUUCUCCGGUCCGAUGACUCGCCGUGCUCACUCUUUCAAACGGAAUAAUACCAAUACCACCGCCGUCAGCGGUGGUUCUCUCACUACACAUAAUGAGGUUGAGCUUCAGAUUAAUUCUAAUUCUCCGAGAUCGGAGGAAGUUUCGGAGGCGGUUUUGGAGAGGAAACACGGCGGUCAUCAUCAUCAUCAUCAUAAUCAUCAGAAUUAUGUUUCGCAGAGAGUUCAUGGUGGAGUUGUUAAGGGUUUUCUUAAGAGGCCGCUUGAAUCUAUUGCUGCGGAUUUGGGGUUUAGGGAAAGGAAAAAGAUUGGGCAUUGGAUGUUCUUGGUUUUUUGUGGGGUUUGUUUGUUUAUGGGGGUUGUUAAGAUUUGUGCUACUGGUUGGCUUGGAUCUGCCAUUGAAAAAGCUCAAUCUCAUCAGGAACUAUCUGACUCCAAUGGUAUAGAUAAUCUGAAUCUAAUGGACCAAAGAUCUGUUGGUUAUGCAUAUAGGAGUCAAGAAGGAGAUGUUGAACGAACUCUGAAGACGGUAGAAACAAGAGGAGUAGGAAGCCAGACUGCUAAAGAAUCGGAUGUCUGGUCUAAACCCAACAGUGAAAACUUCACGCAAUGUAUUGAUCUGUCUAAAAAUCAUAAAAAGCUAGAUGCUAAGACCAAUGGAUAUAUUCUUGUAAAUGCUAACGGUGGCCUGAAUCAGAUGAGAUUUGGGAUAUGUGAUAUGGUUGCUGUUGCUAGGAUUAUGAAGGCAACACUCGUUCUUCCUUCUCUUGAUCAUACCUCGUACUGGGCUGAUCAGAGUGGCUUUAAGGAUUUGUUUGACUGGAAGCAUUUUAUUGAUACACUGAAGGAUGAUAUCCAUAUAGUUGAGACAUUACCACAAGCUUAUACCGGAAUUCAGCCUUUCUCUAAAACUCCAAUAUCUUGGUCUAAGGUUCCUUAUUACAAGACCGAAGUACUUCCCCUCUUAAAGCAGCACAAAGUGAUCUAUUUCACUCAUACUGAUUCCCGGCUUGCUAACAACGGCAUUCCAAGAUCCAUACAGAAACUAAGAUGUCGUGUAAAUUACAGAGCAUUGAGAUAUUCAGCUCCAGUUGAAGAAUUCGGAAACAAAUUGGUAUCUAGAAUGCAGCAGAAUGGAAAUCCUUAUCUUGCCCUUCAUUUAAGAUAUGAGAAGGAUAUGCUUGCGUUUACCGGCUGCAGUCAUAAUUUGACUUCCGAAGAAGGUGAAGAACUGAGACAGAUGCGAUAUGAAGUCGGUCACUGGAAGGAAAAAGAGAUUAAUGGGACUGAAAGGAGGUUGCUUGGAGGUUGUCCGUUAACUCCGAGAGAAACCUCCCUACUACUUAGAGCACUUGAUUUUCCAUCACACACCAGGAUUUACCUUGUAGCUGGAGAAGCAUAUGGAAAAGGAAGUAUGAAAUAUCUCGAGGAUGAUUUCCCCAAUAUUUUCUCUCAUUCUUCCCUGUCUUCCGAAGAAGAGUUGAAUCAUUUCAAGAAUCACCAAAACAUGUUAGCCGGUAUUGACUAUGUUGUUGCCCUUCAAAGUGACAUAUUUCUUUACACUUACGAUGGAAAUAUGGCGAAAGCUGUACAAGGUCAUAGGCGGUUUGAAAAUUUCAAGAAGACAAUCAAUCCUGACAAGAUGAAUUUUGUUAAACUUGUCGAUCAGUUGGACGAAGGAAACAUUUCCUGGAAAAAGUUCAGCUCCAAAGUAAAAAAACUUCAUAAAGACUCUAUCGGUGCUCCAUAUCUAAGAGAGCCGGGAGAAUUCCCAAAGCUGGAGGAAAGCUUUUACGCAAAUCCUCUGCCAGGAUGUAUUUGUGAAACAAGAAAAGAGCAGAUACUCGGUCUCGGUGCCUUAUAAGAGUUGCAAUCAUAUCGCGUUCGACAAUCUUUCUUCUGGAGAUGGCAAUGUGAUGAUUGUCCAAAGGCUGGAUUAUCUGAUGCCAUUGCCAUAUAUUGUUUGGAUGGUUGGAUAAGAUUACAAGUGGCCAUGAUUUGGUAAGAAACUAAACUACCCAGAUGCAGUUUUAAAGGAUCAAGUUUGGGCUGGCCAAAGUAUACUACUGUCAAUACAUGCAAUAUACCUUAUUAAGCAAACCUCAUUCUAACCACACUUUUUAAUAUUUUUUCUUUGUCAUUAUUUUAUUCAAUACUUGUAUUAGUUUCAAGAAAAAGGGUUGGGUCUGAAUAAGCUGUAUUCUUGUUGUACUAAAUAAUAUAUGAAAAGAAUUAUUUCAAGUUUC